AUGAGUUAUCAAGCCUAUACACAAGCACAAACAGCAAGUGAUGGUGGAAAGAAGAGGAAAACAGCUGCUGGUUCAGUUGAAAAGGCCUUCCAAAACUCAGCUAGGGAGCAAUGCGAUAGUGAGGUUGCAAGGAUGUACUACACCGGUGGCUUAUCUUUCAACUUAGCUAGAAAUCCACACUAUCGGAACUCCUACAUUCGUGCUUCUACCCUUCCAGGCUACAUUCCACCAGGCUACAAUGCUCUAAGGACCACACUUCUUGCAAAAGAAAGGAAAAACAUUGAGCAUCAUUUAGAGCCAAUCAAGAUUACAUGGAAAGACAAAGGUGUGAGUCUUUGUAGUGAUGGUUGGUCUGAUGCACAAAGAAGACCACUGAUUAAUGUGAUAGCCACUUGUGAGAGUGGUCCGAUGAUGUUGAGGGCUAUAAACUGUGAGGGGGAAUUCAAGGAUCAUGCAUUGAUUGCAGACUUGAUUAUAGAUUCCAUCAAGGAAGUGGGUUGGGAAAAUGUUGUGCAAGUGAUUACCGACAAUGCUCCUAUUUGUUCUAAGGCCGGUGCCUUGAUAGCAAGUAAGUAUCCUACUAUUUUUUGGACACCAUGUGUAGUGCAUACUUUGAAUCUUGCUGUCAAGAAUAUUUGCACACCUUCAUUAGUUGCAAGCAAUGCGGAUGUGUUUGAUGCAUGUUGUUGGAUACAGCCAGUUUAUGAGGAUGUUAUGUUUAUCAAGAACUUCAUUAUGAAUCAUGGAAUGAGAUUAGUGAUGUUUAAUGACCAUUGCAAUUUGAAGUUGCUUUCGGUUGCUCCCACAAGGUUUGCAUCUACGUUAAUCAUGCUAAAGAGGUUUAGGCAAAUCAGAAAUGGUUUGCAACAGAUGGUCAUCAGUCCAAAGUGGGAUGAUUACAAAGAAGAUGAUGUUAGGAAGGCUGCUUCUGUGAAAGAGAAAUUAUUAGAUGAGUUGCUAUGGGAUGACAUUGAUUACAUCAUUUCUUUUACUGAGCCUAUCUAUGAGAUGAUCAGGAGAGCAGACACUGAUAGGCCUUCUCUUCAUUUGGUGUAUGAAUGGUGGGAUAGUAUGAUUGAGCAAGUAAAGAAAGCUAUCUAUAGGAAAGAAAGGAAGCAACCUCAUGAAGAGUCUCCAUUUUGGGAUGCGGUGUAUAAGGUUCUAAUGGCUCGUUGGUCCAAGAGCAAUACUUCUCUCAAUUGCUUGGCACAUUCAUUGAAUCCGAAGUAUUAUAGUUCGGAAUGGCUUAGUGAAGAUACUAAUCGUGUUGCUCCCCACAAAGAUUUAGAGAUUACAAGGGAGAGGAAAAAUUGUAUCCUUAGAUACUUUGCCAAUGAAGAUGAUCGAAGGAAAGUUAACAUAGAAUUUGCCAAUUUUUCUAUGUGCAUGCAAGAGUUUGGAAGUGGAGAUUCUAUGAAGGAUAGGUUUAUUAUGGAGCCUAUAACAUGGUGGGCUGUCCAUGGAGCUUCGGCACCAUCUCUCCAAGCCAUAGCCUUCAAGGUUCUAGGUCAACCUUGUUCUUCUUCAUGUUGUGAAAGAAAUUGGAGUACUUACAAUUUCAUUCACUCUGUGAGGAGGAACAAGAUAACACCACAAAGAGCGGAAGAUUUGGUGUUUGUGCAUACCAAUCUUCGCCUUUUAGCUAGAAGAAGCCCAAGUUACAAUGAGAGUGCAACUCAAAUGUGGGAUGUUGGAGGUGAUGAGUUUGAUUCUUUGGAAGAGACUAAUGUUGGAAGGCUUGAGAUUGCUAACCUUUCACUUGAUGAACCACAAUUAGAGGGGGUUUUGUUUGAAGAUGAAGACCUUGAGGAUGUUGUCCAAGUUGAUGGUUGUUGA